GCAUUACAAGUUGUAACAAUUAAACUAUUCAUUGAAUUGAUACUUAAUCCGCAUAUCAUAUCAAAUGACACACUGUUAUAAAAGAGAGAACGAUUAAAGUUUCACUGUACAUUUUGACUUUUGCAAUUACAAGGAUGUUUCUCAGAAGAUACCUUGCAGUUAUACCUCUGUUGCUAUUUUUCAAUCAACCAUCUGGCAAUGAGUCUGUGUGUACUGAGAAUUUUGGGGAUUUCUGGAUUCCUUCAUGGACUAAUGAAACCACAACAGAUGCUUCAACGUCAGAAAGAAAUGAUAUGCGCUGUCACAAAAGAUGUGAUAAUGAAAAUUGUUGCACAUGCUAUAAUUGUAUGAAUUGGGAGGGUUCAGAAAUAGAUCUUUAUAUAGAAUAUGUAUCAGUGUUUGGCAAAAGCUUGGUAUUGUCUGAUCAAGCUCCUACUGAAACUGGAGUGUACAGAAUUCAGCACACUUAUUCCGAAAUGACAGAAAUACCAAGCAAUAUCUGUGGCUGGGACAAUAAAUCAAAUCUGAUGGAAUACUAUGAAGAAGACUUUGAAAGCAUCAAGAAAUACUUCAGUAACAUAGUAACAAUAAACUUUGAAGGCAAUAAAAUCAAAAAUGUCCCAGAUAUUAACUGCUUAUCCAGACUAGAUACUCUUAUCCUGAGAAAUAAUGAAAUUCAAUUCAUAUCCAAUACUUCAAUAUCCAAUCUGUCAAAUCUCAGAGUUAUAGACUUCUCUGGUAACUUCAUACAAAACAUGGAUCCAAAUACAUUAACAUCUCCUUACCUUAGUUUAUUCUUUGCCAACUUCAGUCACAAUGAAAUAACCAACCUUGAUUUCUCAAAUAGUAUAAGCUUAUAUCCCUUCUGUAAAAUUGAUUAUGAAUCAAAUGAAAUUACUGAGAUAACUAAUGAAGCUGACUUCAAACUCAGUCUUGAUCAAACUUAUGGACCUGGUUUUGUAAACUUGAAAUACAAUAAAAUUUCAACAUUUCCAGACUUUAAAUCGAUUCUUUCCUUGGACUCAAUUGUCCAACUAGGCACGUUACUAAGAUUUGGGUUUGACUUCCGUGGCAUACCCUUAGUUUGUGACUGUAAUUUACAUUCCUUUAUGGCACAUUUCAAAUACAUCAUUAAAGUCUUGUGGCGAGAAUAUUUUGAAGUAAAAUGCAUGGCACCUCAAAAACUUGCAGGACAGAAUGCCAUCGAUGUGAAACUUGAUUCACUCAUUUGCCCACUUUCAGCCGAUUCUGGCUGUCAAACACCGGAGUGUACAUGUGUGGAUAAGCCAGAUGAGAACACUUUAGUCAUCGAUUGCUCAAAUUCUGAUCUCACAGAGAUCCCUGACAUACCGUUUUCAAAGAAUUCACAAUAUAUAUCACUUAAUGUUUCUGGUAAUAACAUUAAGGACCUAAAAAAUAACUCAGUCUUGCAAAAAUUAUCUGUACUGGAUAUAUCUGGAAAUGACCUACGUAAAAUAAACUAUAAUGAAGCUAGAAUGCUUGAAAAUGCUUCGUAUGUUGAUAUAUCAGACAAUCCAAGAUUACAGAAUCUUCCUCAGGCCUUCCAAUAUCAUAAUGUUUGCCUUAGAAAUAUGGAACACUUACAGAUCACUUGCGAUUGUGAAGCUUUGUGGAUUGAACAAUGGUUGAAUCUCUCCAAAAAAUGCAUCAACUCUAAACAAUUAUUCCAAUGUGUAAUGCCUGAUAACACCAUAAAACCUGCAUUGAACUUUGCUGAAAAAGACUUAGUAUGCUAUAGCACUUGGAACAAUUAUCGUCAAGAAGCAAUAAUAUCAGGCAUAAUGCUUGCCUUGUUAAUCAUUGCAGGAACAGUGAUCUUUAUUUUCCGAUACGAAAUUCUGAUCCUCUACCUUCGUAGUCAACAAAAGAGAUGCAAGGUCAUAGCACCUCCUUUCAAGUAUGAUGUUUUCCUAUCCUACAAUGAUAGAGAGGAGGAUGUUUCUAAAUGGGUCGAAAAAAUACUUGAAAAAAAUCUGAUAAAGACUGGCUAUAAAGUAUUCAGGCCGAACAAAGAUAUCAAUUAUGGAAGUGAAAGAGAUUCACAAAUCCUUUCAGUAUUGGCUACAGCAAAAAACUUUCUAGUCAUAAUGACGGACAAUUACCUCCUAGAGGCCAAUGAUAUGAGAUCUUGGACUGAAAAUGAAUGGAAAUAUGGAUGGAACAAUUUCAAAACUGACAGAUUGAAGAACAUUGUUCUUGUUAACUUUGACCAUCUGUCAUCUUUCGAUGUCAUUCAUUCGCAAAUAAAAGCUUUUCUUAGAGUUGGCUGCACAGUCAAUUUUAAGAAUACCGAUGGGAAGAUUAUGGAAGAGAUUUACACAAAACUUGGAGAACCAUGCAAAAUACCAAAGAGUAAAUUCUCAGCCUAUGGACGCUACAAAGUACCAGGAGAAGCAGUUGAACUUACAGAAGUAUCAGUUGAAAUAGAUAAUAUCAGUAAAUUCUUCCCUGCGGAGCAAUACAAAGAAAUCAUGAAUGUUAAUGAUAUGUUGAUCACAGAAACAGAGAUGGAAAAGAAAUCAAAUAAAGCAGAUGGGAUGACAGACAGUCUAACUGAUCAAGAAUUUAACACAGAGUCCAGAGACAGUCAAACCAAUGAACACACCCAUCAAAGACAUAAUGUUAUCCAAUCAUGCAAGUUUAGAAAAUGCUAUGCUUGUAAAAUUAGUGAAGACGAGAGGGUAAACAUGCCCAGAAAUGGCAGUGUAGACAAGCCAUUGGAAAUGUUCACAUUGACACCAUUCUCAAGCCAAACAUAUUCAUCAAGCACAAGUAGACAUUCAAAAACAAAUAAAUUCUAAAACAAAAAUUCUGUAAAUAUCUGAAAACCAGACCCUCUGAAAAUUGAAAUUGACGGUUUAAAAAAAAAGUCCUGUAUUUUUUUUUUUCUUUUGAAGUUCAUUGAAAAUAAAAAACAACAACAAAUGUUUAACACUGGGACAUCUGAAUUCUGAAAACCAACACUCAUGCUGAGAAAUGAAUGGUAAUGAGAGUCAACUUUCUAAUAUGUUAUCAGAUGUGGGUUAAAACAUAAUACCAACAAGUGACAUGUUCAAUUACUUACAUGUAUUUAUCUUUGCAGGUGUGAAAAAAUGUCAGUUUGUGAGUUUGAACUAUAGCUCUUUGACCAUUGUUGUUUAUUUUGGUGUUAAGUAUGAUUUUUUUUUCAAAAAGUUUUAAUUUGUUUGGUUUUAUAAAAUGUGGAAGAAAAUUAAGAAACUUUGUUUAAUUAAAAGAGCUAUUUCUUUCUCUGCUAAUUAAUAAAUUGAUUUUACAGCACAAUAUUUAUUACAAAAAUUGUUAAUUUGCUUAAUUCAUUUUUGUUAGAGUAAUAAGCCUCUAAAAAUGUUCAAUUUCAGGUAAGGCGUUGUUUUAAUUUUUUAAUUUUCUACUUUGCAAAUCAAAAUUUAAUUGAAACAAGAAAUUAUAAUAUUUGACUAGAGACAGAACAGUAAAAACAAAAGGAUUUGUACAAACACAGAAUGAUUUAUUUUUGACUGUAUAAAGCCUCUGGAAAAUGCAAUCCUCUGAAAACCAGACUCUAAAAUGCUCAAGCCCAGACAGGGUCUGGUUUUCAAAGUUGAUUAACAGACUACCUUAAAGAGUUAUAUCACAUAAGUUCAUAAUAACAAAAAGAAAAUUUGUAUUUUAUUCAAACCAUUCAGAUGAUUAAUUUAAAGGGAUACAUAGGCAAAAUUUUCAAUUCUUUGUUUUUGUAUUUUUCAUUCAUUAUUCUGUAAAUGUCCUCAAAACAAUAACACAAGGCAGUCACGGGAACACUUUUCUCUUUAUAAAAAAUAAAAUGUAGGUUUUCUUACUUGACCCACAUGGGUCAGGUUAGAGCGUUAAGAGUUCACAACAGUUGUGAAAGUGAACUUUGGAACGUUAAAGAACAUGUCAAAUGAACGACUUAGACUUGUUGAAAGUGAACUUUGGAACAUUAAAGAAUAUGUCAAAUGAACGACUUAGACUUGUUUCAAUCAUACAAUAUACAAAAUAUCUAUUAUUGUAACUUCCAGGAUAUGUUCAAGUCACAUGACUUGUUUUACAGUCGGCGUCUAAAUUUCGUUCAACAUUAUUAGAUAGAUAUAUUUACACUUAAAACCCAAAAUAUAUAGAAUCUAUACAGAAAUUCCAGCUGGGACUUUAAAAAAUGUCAUUUCAGCAUUAUUUGAAUACAUAAGAUCAUUUUAAUAUUUUUGUCAUUAAUUUGCCCGAGUAUCCCUUUAAUACAACUAUGCUUCUGGGGGAUCACAAUUUAUUCAUAGUUUUUUCUUUAUUUUGAUUUUUUCCUGUUAACUCACUAUAUACCCUUGGAUUGGCAUAAAUUUAUUUAUCAUUGGUCUUUAAUAUAAUAUGAUUUUCGGUCACUGUGGACAGCACAGCUGUAUUUCAGCUGUCCACCAAGCGUAUCGAUGCGUAAGACUGGUCAAUAUAUAAGGUGUAUGCAAACGGGUAUUUGACCAUUCGAGGUACUAUAGGUUCUCUACACACAGACGCCCACCCACCCCGCCCUCAUUUUGAGAUUACACUUAAAAUUGUAUUAUGUCAUGCUGGACUUUGUAAUGUCACAAUAAUGUUAAAAAAAAAAAAUAAUGUAUACUUUAAGGUUAAUCAACGGUAUUGAUUAAUGUUUAUUUAAUAUGGAAAUUAUCUUUGUUUUGUCUUUUUCAGAGUAGACAAUUUUUUGUUGUCUUUUGAUAACGUUGCAAGGAUGGAUGCUAAGUUUGAGUGAGUUUUGUGGUUCUGACUUUGAGGUAACACAUUUAUGUGUAUUAAGACAUAUUAUUCCUUACAGUGGACUGGAAUUACACGGAACCACAAUUUUUGGAAUGUUCGGAUCGACGACAUGGGACUUUUAUAUGAGCAUAUGUUAUAUAUUGUUAAGUGCAGAGACACUCCUCACUAGUUUAAAGUGAUUUUUUUUUUCAAGUGUCGUCGAUGUGUAUGAAUGUAUGUUUAUUUAUUCGAUAAAAUUAAAGUGAACCUGUAGUAGCCACUCCUACAUUGUCUUUCUUAUUUAUAUUUUAUCCUUGUAGGAUAUUAAUUAUGGAGUUAAAUGAUAAAUUAUUUAUGUUUGGCUGAAUGAAAUGAAAGAAAACAUAAUGUUGAUUCAAAUGAAUUUUUUUUCAAUAUAAAAAAACACAUUCAUCAUCAUC